AUGCCGAUCAAUAAAAACCAACAAAACACUCAAACUAUAGGCUAUACAGGUAUUAUAGAACCUCGACCUCAAGAAAUAUUUAAUACUCGUCCAGAUGUGACAAGCUAUGACAUAAAUAACAAUUAUAAUAAAAAUAAGCAUGUAAAUUCUCAAGUGCCAUUGUCACCAUCGUCUUCUUUACCACAAGCCGUAAAUAGAAACGAGAAUAAUGAAUUUGUAAAUCGACCAGUGCCUCCUCAAAAUGUCUUCCAAGACAAUCGAGAAGGACCAACGUCUCAGUUGUCAGGAAACGAGGGUUACUAUGGUAAUGGCGGUAAGGCGGGAAACCGGGCAUCGGGUCAACCCCAAUCAGAAAAUAAUUAUAAUGGAAAUGGUAAUAGUGACAACGGACAAAGGCUUGAGACAUCAACACGUAAUUCAAUUGAAAUUCAUACGAACAUUAAUCUAAUUUUGCCGGGUAUUUCUUUGGGCAGUAAAAAUACUGACAAUCAAAGUAAUCAACAAACAAACAUAUAUUCUAAUAACAGAAAAAAUAAUAAUAAUAAUAAUGAUAAUAACAAAAAUAUAAAUUACAGUCAAGAAAAUAGCAAUAAUGGUAAAUAUAAACCGCCAUUACCAAUUCAAAAUACCGGCAAUAAUAAUUCGGAUGGUAAAAAACCGCAUGAGCAAAUAGAUAGUUAUGUAAAUUAUCAAACUACUGGUAGCAAUAUCUUACAAUCGAAUAAAAAUAAAGGAAAACAACCGAGUAUAAGUCCAAGUAGUUCUCAUAACAGCGGAAGUGGAAGACCACAAAGUGAUCGGAACAAUGCAAUGCCGAAUAAGGAAUAUUUAGGUAUAAAUAUAUCAUCCAGUACACGGGCGUAUGAAAGCGAGAAAGAAGAAGAACAAGAAGCAGAAGAAGAAGAAGAAGAUUCAAGUGAAAAGUCAUCAACUAAAAACCAUCGAACAACAGUUAAUCCGUCUCGAAGUGGUUGUAGACUUCCCGAACAGCCACAAGGUGGUAAUUACGAACUCGGAGGAUGCGAGUCCUCCUGCAAGAAAGUUCCCGGAGACUGGGUCCCCAGAAACAGUAUUCUUACUUAUACAUGCCAGGAGGGCUACGUGAGGAAUGGUAGUGCAGUGUCCGUUUGCCUCAACGACUCAUGGUACAUGCCCCUCUCAUGCUUGAAAUCCUGUACAGCUCUCAAGAGUUCUAGUGUGGAUGUCACGUGUAAGAUUCAUGGUACUACAGUGUCUUGCGAUCAACCACUCGAACCCGGAACAAAAGCAAUGCUCAAGUGUAAACCAUCUUAUAAAAUACCACUGACCGAUGAUCCUGUUUACAGGGAAAUAACUUGCCUCGAAAAUGGCAAUUGGGAUCGUCAUCUUUUCAGAUGUCUUCCUAAAUGUGGAACGACAAUUUCUCACGGUAGUACACUCAUCGUAAGUGGAUUUACAGCUAAAUUGGGAGUAUUUCCUUGGCAUACUGGGAUAUAUGAAAAAAAGUCCAAGAAAAUUUAUGAACAAAUUUGUGCGGGUACACUGAUAAGCAGCAAUCUUGUUGUUUCCGCGGCACAUUGUUUCUACGAUGAAAGCAUAAAUGAAGUUAAAAAUGCCUCGAGAUAUUUCGUAGCUGCAGGAAAGCACUACAGAAAUUGGAAUGUUCACGAGGACUAUGCUCAAACGUCCAAGGCUGAGUGGAUACAUCUUGGUAGUAGAUACAUGGGAGCAAGAGGUAAUUUCGCUCAUGACAUUGCCCUACUCAAGUUACUAAGUCCAUUCGAAUUGACUAGUCUCGUACGUCCUGUUUGUAUUGACUGGGAUAACGUCAAAAAAAACGAGCAUCUAAAGCCCGGAAAAUACGGAAAAGCAGUUGGAUGGGGAAAGACAGCAAAUGGUACGCCAAGUGAAGAACUUCAGGAAAUAAAUAUACCUUUUAUACCAUUCGAUCAAUGUUUGUCGGAAGUUCCAACAGACUUUCAAGGAUAUAUUACGCCAGAUAAAUUCUGUGCCGGUUAUCUCAAUGGAUCUAGUCUCUGCGAAGGUGAUAGUGGCGGUGGUUUAUGUUUUGAAAGUGAUGGACUCUGGUAUCUACGUGGAAUCGUAAGCGUUAGCCCUGUCAGGGAUUACUCUUGCGAUUACAAUUCCUACACAGGCUUUACAUCGUUGAGUCACUUUAGCGAUUGGAUUCGCACGGCUUUUCUCGAGUCGUAAA